AUUUAACGAAUGUCAAAGUGGUUAGAUUUAAGCCUAACUUGUACACAACUAAACUUCAAUCAAAGUGUUACCAAUACAUACAAUAAUCGUAAAAAUCCAUAAAUAUUUAUUCAAUAGAUAGUCCCAUGAAUCUCAUAGUGGAUCUUUAUAAGAAUUAACGUUAUGGAUAAUUGUAUUUAGGAAAUAUCAAUGCUGCUAACGAUAUUAAAUAUUUAAGAGAGCAUUCUAUCAAUGCCAUUGUAGCUGUUAUUGAUACAAGUGAAAUCAGAAUAGAUCCAACCAUGACUAGAUUAGUAUCAAUAUCUUAUCAUAAUUAGUGGAUUAUGGCUGAAGAUGCAGAGAAUUUUGAUCUAUAUCGUUACUUUGAUGAAUGUGCAAACUUCAUACGAGAUCAUAUUAAGAACACUAAUGUUUUUGUUCAUUGUUAUGCUGGUAUCUCUAGAUCUGCUUCUGUAGUAAUUGCAUACAUGAUCAAACACUUAGGGUAUUCUCUUAAAGAAGCACUCAGAAAAGUGAAAGGAGCAAGAUCUAUUGUUGAACCUAAUUCAGGUUUUAUGAAACAAUUAUAAGAUUAUGAAUACAAAUAGAAUCUUAAUUCUCAUCAAGGAACAAGAAAUGGAUCAUCUUUUCAUUCCAACCCUAGAGGAUCAGUUACAUCUGCAACCAAAGGAUCUUUGCAUAGUGCCAAACCGUCAUUUCUAGAUAGAAUGCCUUCAGGAUCAAAGGAUCUUAAGCGAGACAUUGAAAGUCCAUGUGUAAGUUAAUUUUAUGUUAAUGGCUCUUCUAAAUAAACUAAUAAUAAUAAUAACAAUCCUAAAAGUUUUUUUAAAUAAGGAAGUGUUGGAAGUCUUUUAAAAUAGACUAAUAAUGAGGACUUCUUUAGACGAUAUUAAAAAUAAAAGAAUGUUGAAAAUAUUUGGAAUCAAGGAAUGCAUGGACAUCAUAAAUCGGCUUUUGAAAUUAAAUGUGACAAAAUAGAAUAAGUCAAAUUGACUCUCUAAACAUUUGGUGUCAAGAAUGUUUUUAAUUCCUCAAAUAGUAAUGGAUUACAUUUUCAUCACAAAGGAUUAUCUUAGGGUUGA